AUGUUUAUUAUAAAAAUAAAACAUUAUUUAAGAACAUGCAAUCUUUUUGGGUCUUAUAAUUUACCAUCAACCAUAAUCGAUCAGCAUCAUAAGUUAGAAAAUGAAUUAAUCUCAACACGUCUUUAUAUUCUUUUAUUAAUCAUUUCAUUUUUCAUUCUUGUUUUCUAUUCAUCAUUAAUACGAAUAACACAAACAGUUAUUGUUAAUGAGCCAUCAAUUACCACAUAUACACAAAUUUAUAAACAAUAUUCACAAACAUUGGUAUGUCCAUGUGAUAGUAUUUCUGUUUUAUAUAAAGACUUUAUUCAAAUACAGCCAGUUUAUCAUCAAAUAUGUUCAUCGGAUUUUAUUAAAGAUCAAUGGAUUUUUUAUAUUAAUAAUCAUCCUAUUGAUACUGAUCCUACGAAUAGUGAUAAUGUAAAUCCACGUGAUUUUCGUUGGACUGGUGGUUCAUCAUUUCGAAUGUUACAAUAUAUAUGUCAGACAAUUAAUUCAACAAUUUUUAAUUCUAUAUCUACAUUUUAUUCAACACAAUAUAUAACAUCAACCCUUAUAUCAAACGAUUUAUUUAAUAAACAAAUAAAUGCAGAAAUUAAUUUAUUUAUAUCAACUACAAUAUCAACAUAUGCACGAUCAUUACAAUUAAUACGUAGUACAACUCAAGCUAAUGGUUUAAUAUCAGCAUUACAAACAAAUGCUUACUUUGUAAAACAAGAUCCAAAUUAUUCUCAAACUACGGGUAUUAUAAUAAAGUCACAGAUAUAUAGUACUACUUCAGAGUUCAACAUCUCGGAUGCAUGUUUCACUGCAUCAGAAUUUGUUAUUGAAUCAAGUAUUUAUGAUUAUUAUGCCAAUGUUUUAUUUUCAAUACCAAAUUUCUAUGUUGGCUGUUAUAUUUUAGAAGCUUUAUUACAGUCUACAUUAGAAUGUUUUUAUCAAUAUGAAUGUUUUCAUCAACUAGUCUUGUAUAUGAAUUAUGGAUAUCUCAUAAAUACAACGCUACUUGACUCAUCUAUUAAUAGUAAAUAUCAAACAAAUUCAAUAGUUGCUGAUCUUGUUAGUCAAUUGAUGGUUGAACAAUGGAAUCCAAAUGUAUCCUACGAUCAGUAUUAUCAACAAUGUCAACCAAAACAAUGUACAUAUACAUAUGUACAACAAUUUGUUCUUACUUACAUUAUAGCAACAAUCUUAGGCAUAUUUGGUGGCUUAACAGCCGUCUUACGAAUAAUAAUACCACCAACGGUAAAAUUUAUUAGAAAAAAGAAGACAACGACAACAACAGGUAAACAAAGUUAUUCUCUUUCUUUUGGUUUGCGCUUAAGAAAGAUUAGAAGUACAUCGGAAAUUUACUGA